UAUGGUAUCUUGAUGUGACUUCGAGAUGAACGAAGCUUUUGCGUGUAUUUUAAUGAUAUUACUGUAAUCUCCCCCAAAAUCAUUGAACCACUGAUCCAAAAAUCUCUUACGGAAGAUCAAGCAAUCGAUUUUCCCCCAAAUUCAGGCCGAAAGAUGAACGAUGUCGAUGUGUCAAACCAGAUUCAACAGAUGGUCAGAUUCAUCCGUCAAGAAGCGGAAGAAAAAGCCAACGAGAUCUCCGUAUCCGCCGAAGAAGAAUUUAACAUUGAGAAGUUGCAAUUAGUGGGGGCUGAGAAAAAGAAAAUCCGACAGGAGUAUGAGCGCAAACAGAAACAAGUUGAAGUUCGAAAGAAAAUUGAGUAUUCUAUGCAGCUCAAUGCUUCGCGGAUCAAAGUUCUUCAAGCUCAGGAUGACUUGGUUACCUCCAUGAGAGAGGCAGCAUCAAAGGAUCUAUUAAAUGUGAGCCAUCACAAGUUUCAACACCAGCAUAACUACAAAGAACUGUUGAAAGCUCUCAUUGUCCAGGGUUUACUCAGACUGAAAGAAUCAUCUGUGCUGAUGCGGUGUCGGGAAGAUGAUAUACAUACAGUGGAAUCUGUUCUGCACUUAGCUAAGGAGGAGUAUGCAGGAAAAGCACAUGUUCAUCCACCUGAGAUCAUUAUCGACCACAUCAACCUUCCAUCUGCUCCUUCCCCUGAUGAUCCUCAUGCUCUUUCCUGCUCCGGAGGUGUAGUUUUGGCUUCUCGUGAUGGUAAGAUUGUGUUUGAAAACACACUUGAUGCUAGAUUGGAUGUUAUAUUCCGUGGGAAACUUCCGGAGAUUCGCAAACUGUUGUUUAGCCAGGUUGCUGCUUAGCAGGUACACAAUAUGUUGUAUCUAUUUAUUUUUCUGGCUGUUGGUCGGAGUAAUUCAUGUAUUUUCGGGUCAUUUUGUGUUAUUGUAUCUGCUUAGUAAACCUUAUUUUCUAUUUUAAGCCAUAGUGAAAGACAAAGCUUUCAUUUGUUUGCAUAAUAUCAGUAUCCCAGGUGUAGCUGCUGUUUUAUAUGCAUACAUUCUUUGAAGGAUUUGUUACAUGUGUGUUACCCUUUUCAAUC